UUUUAAAAGGUACUUGUACUGCUUACUCGUACGCUGUUUCGGAUGCUGUUUGAAGACAGAUCUAGAUCUCUGUUCUUUCGGAUUACUAGCUGGUAGCUACGACUGUGGCUAGAGUAGCUAGCUACUUAUUAGUACAUGUAGAUCCUGGAGAGGUUCUGCUUCUUCCUUCUUGGUUGAUUUCACAGAGGUGCAGGACCGCUUGCCAUGAAGCUUCAGUAGUACCACCAAUAGCUCAGUUCAGAGUACAGUAUACGGUAACCCAUGACUAUUUAAAAGAUCCAAGGACAGUAGUUUCACACAAUCGAUUUUGCGGCUCUCAACACAGCAUUUUCUGCAGCUUGCACCGGUACAAGGUACAGCGUAGAACAUUUAGAACAAAUCGAACUGCGACGAUGGUCGCCUCUACCUCUGCCAAGGAUAAAGACGAAUGGACCUCCCCUUUCACUCCCGAAAGAAUCGAUUCCAGGGUGGCCGGUAAGACCCUCGAGGAGAUCAAUGAUCAGUUCCCAACCGUGUCCGAGAUUCGCAAUGUUAUCCCGGCCCAUUGCUUUGAUCGCAGUCUCUUUUGGAGUUUCUUUUAUCUAGUUCUCGAUCUCUUGCAGGGAAUAUUUGUAUGGUACAUUACACGUCAUGUGAUUGGGCUGUCUUCCGAUGCUCCGUCCUCUCCGAUUUGGACUUGGCAGUGGUGUUUGUGGCGUACUGCUUGGAAUGUGUAUGCGGUAGUCAUGGGAUUCGCAGUGAGUGGGCUGUGGGUUUUGGCCCACGAGUGCAGUCAUGGCGCAUUCAGCAAGUAUCCUGUCCUCAACGGAGCCGUCGGAUUGGCGCUUCACACGUUUCUUUGCGUACCCCACUUCUCCUGGCAAUUUUCGCAUGCUAAACAUCAUCGCCGUACCAAUGACUUGGUUGAUGGAGAGUCACAUGUUCCAGCCACACAUGAUGAAAUGGGACUCACCAAGAAGGUUGGUACAAAAGAGCAGUACAAGCGGCUCUCCCCUGAGUCUGUGAAAGCCAAAAUAUCCGUGUUUUCCAACCAGGGGCCGAUGGGAUUUCUGUCGAACCCAAUGUACGAUCACGCCUUGAAACACCAAACAUUGGGAGACACUGGCUUUGCUGUAUUCAUGAUGCUGUCGAGACUGCUCCUUGGGUGGCAGCUCUUUCUCUUUGGGAUCUCUUCCAAUGGCAAGCUGGGAGCAGAUCAAGAGCCCAUUGCCAACACCGAGUUCCCUGAUCACUUUCGCCCUUCAAGCCGUCUCUUUCCUUCCGGCAUGCGCUGGAAGGUUAUCCUGUCUGAUGUUGGAGUGUUGGUGAAUGUCUGCUUACAAGUUUACUUCAGCUGGUGUUACUCCUGGCAAGCCGUUUGGAUGUGGUAUUGGGGUCCCUACGUUGUGGUUCAUGCUGUCGUGGUGACGGUGACCUGGCUCCACCAUACACAUGAAUCUGUCCCAAACUUUGACCGUGAGCAGUGGAGCUGGAUGAAGACAAAUAUUGCGACUACGAUCGAUAGACCUGGAUAUUGGUGGCUGAACCACUGCACGCAUGAUAUCAACACAACUCAUCUUGUCCACCAUAUCUUCCCUGAGAUUCCACACUAUCGUGCCAUGGAAGCGACCAAGGCGGUUCGAGCUUACCUGGAACCAAAAGAGCUUUACAAUUAUGAUCCAACUGACUUCUGUCUUGCCCUAUGGAAGGUUUGUAAAACCUGUCAUUUUGUGGACAGCGACAAGAAUGGUGUCCAGUACUUCAAGAAGCUCUCUGACGUGCCUUGCCUUGCAGCUGAGGUGGACGCUGGAAAGAAAGACUCGUAGAAAGUAGAGAUUGUGAUCAGUUUUAGGUAUUUCCAGGAGUACAAUGUAAUCCCAUAAGAAUAUUAGUUGCGAAAC